CCAACAAAUCACAAAUCUUCUUUCUCAUUUUGUGGACAUCAAUUAACUCCACUUGACAGCUCUGUCAAGUGAUCAAAACGAAAUCAAGAACCAUUUCAAAACAAAAAACCUCAACCAUAUGAAAACAAGCGGAUUAAUUUUUAUCUAGUCGAAAAUUACGAACAAAAAUGGUUUUCGAAAACUUUUUCUCGAGGUUCACCAAGUCCCUCACCGUAAAGGCACAGGAGGAAGCUGAAGAAGAGGAUGUUGUUGAUCCACAAGAAGUUUUGAGAGCCGAAUGCAGAGAAACGGAGCACUGUAAACAUUUGGCCGACAUAUUACAGCAAUGUACUGAUAGAGUAAAUUCAAAGACACACACUACAGAAACUUGCGCUGAAGAACUUUUCGAUCUGCUUCAUGCUAUUGAUCACUGUGUCACACCAAAGUUAUUCGGUCAGCUGAAGUGAAAUUAAUUAAGUGAAUCGCGAUUAGUAGAUUAUGUAUAAAAGUCAAUAAAUAUGUUCAAAUAAAACUGAA